UGCAUCAGCACGACUGAAUAAUGGCGUUGCACACGUUUUCAACGUGACCUUUCAACAUUCUUUUCGAUGAGCACGGAUGUAAAAUUGAAUUCAGACUGACACAAAUGUAAGACAUUCAAUGGAAUACUACCACGAUUAUAUGAUCCAUUCUGUCCUUGUUGAGAGUGGACCUUAAUUGCAGUUUGUAUGAUUUUUUCUCUUCUCGUGAUUAUGGAACAUAAACACAGUCGCUUUUUAUCUUGUCUGCAUGUCGAACGGUAUUUCCUCCUCUCCGGAUGGACACUUCUGGAACUUUAAAUAUAACGACGUGAGUGUCAACAUCUUGACUCCAUUUGCAUGUAUCAUCAAACCAUUGAAAUGAUGAGGUUUCUCACCCCACCGCUUUUGAACGAGCUGCGUCGGCGUCUCCCGCUGGUAUCCACUGUCGCAAAUAAACAGCUACCACUCACCUGCCUUCUCCCACCCCACCACUCUGCACCCCUAAACCGGCCUCUCUAUACUGGGGCCACACUAAGAAAAGAUGUACCCCUCCCUCAGUCUAAAGAAGAUCAGACUGAAGAGAAACUGGACCUGGACAUAUGGAAAUCUGUGAUGAGGUUUCAGGUCCCAGCGAUGGAGGAGGAGAAACAGGGAGGUGAGGAGGGAGGUGGUGGUGCUGCUCCUUCAGGACCAGGAGGAGGUGUAGCAGGGCAGGAGGAGGUCUCCCCACUGGAGGCCACCAGAGAGCUGGUAGUGAUGUGGCGUCAGGCUGGGAAGCUGGUGCCAGAGAUCAUGACUGACGAGGAGCUGGGGAUCCUGGCUGAGUUCCAAACCAAGUCCUCCAAGAAGAAGUACCUGAAAUACCUGGCCAUCAAGGAGGGCCACAAGAACAACCACAAGCAGAAACAGGAGAAGAAGAAGGCAGAGAGGAGUGAGAGGUUUCUGGAGGACGAUAGGAUCAGGCCUGGCGGUGUGAGAGGAGAGGAGGGGGAACUGAGGAACACUUUCCUUCUCCAGUUCUGGGGUCGUUCCCUGGACAAGCUGCUGGGGUGGAGGUCGGCCCAGGCCGUGGUGUUCGGCCAGCCGCUGGUGUUCGAUAUGUCCUACGAACAGCAGAUGACGCGUCGCGAGGUGGAGAACACUGUGUCCCAGCUGAUGGAGGUGGAGGGGUGGAACCGCCGAGCCCCGGACCCCUUCCACCUACACUUCUGUAACUUGCAGCCGGACGGGGGUUACCACAGGGAGCUGGUUAAACGGUACGGCGCCGAGGCCUGGGAGCGCCUCCUCAUCACCUCCACAGAGCAACGUCACGUGGACCUGUUCCCCCGGGACGACUUGGUCUACCUGACGGCUGACUCCCCCAACGUCCUCCGUACCUUCGACAACUCUAAGGUCUACAUCGUGGGCUCCAUGGUGGACCGCUCCAUCCAAUCAGGGCUCUCCCUGGCCAACGCCAAGCGUCUGAAGCUGAAUACGGCCCGUCUGCCGCUUGAUGACUUCCUCCAAUGGGAGACGGGGGCCAAGAACCUGACCCUGGAUCAGAUGAUACGCAUCUUGCUGACACUGAAGGAGAGUGGGAGGUGGGAGGAGGCGCUGGAGCACGUACCCAAGAGGAAACAUGAUGGAUUCUACCAGGAGAAACCCCAGCAGGACAGAGACAGAGGCUCAGAUAAGGACAGGAGGUUUAGUGGCAGAACCAGAGGAGACACAGGGUUCAGGGCUGGGGACAGAGACUGUGAUAGAACAUUCAGAAGUGGGGACAGAGAGAGGGCAUUUAGUAGAAGAGACAGUGUAUUGAAGAGUGGGGACAGUGACAGAGCAAUCAGGACUGGAGACAGUGACAGAGCAAUCAGGACUGGAGACAGAGGAGACAGUGACAGAGCAAUCAGGACUGGAGACAGAGCAAUCAGGACUGGAGACAGAGAUGGUAUGGAGGAGUGGAGACAGAAACAGAUGAAUGGUGUGGUCAGAGAGAGAGGAUCCACUAGCAGACAUAAAGACAGUUUAUUCAGUAGCAGAGACACGGUAGCAGUCAGUAAGGAAGCAGUACCUACAGGGGAUGCAGAGAACAGACAGAACACACAGACCACCACCAGGGUACGGACAUCACUAAAAACCAAGAUGGAGGAUCGGAACAGUACAGCCAAGAGCGGGAAGAAAUUGCAGGAGGAAGAGUAGCCUUAUUGGGCCAAAUAUUCUGAGACAUUUCUCCUUUGAAUGUUCUUCAGUUUCACCCUGUUGUGUUAAUGGAUUCAGAGCACUUCUAAAUGCCUUGAACACCUGACAGGUGUGGCAUAUCAAGACGCUGAUUAAAACAGCAUGAUCAUUACACAGGUGCACCUUGUGCUGGGGGACUAUAAAAGGCCAGUUCGGCAACAGCUUCAGGUGGACCAUGAACAGAAACAUUUUUUGAUAAGCAACUCAGUGAGACUGUUGAUUGUUUGGAAUCGUUGGCGUAUUUGCUACUUCGUGUCAAUGAGGGAAAACAUAUAUAAAAUAUAUAGUGAAGUGUUUGUCCCAUGUUUGACGAGCUGAAAUAAAAGAUCCAGAACAUUUUCCACAUGUACAAAAAGCUUAUUUCUCUCAACAUUUGUUUUACAUCCCUGUUAGUGAGCAUUUUUUAUUUGUCAAGAUGAUCCAUCCACUUGACAGGUGUGGCAUAUCAAGAAGCUGAUUUAAACAGCAUGGUCGUUACACAGGUGCACCUUGUGCUGGGGUACAAUAAAAUACCACUUUGGCAAAAGCUCCAGGUGGACAUUCCUGCAGUCAGUCAGCCAAUUCCAACACUCCCUCAAAACUGGAGACAUCUGUUGCAUUGUGUUGUGUGACAAAACCACACAUCUUAAAGUGGCCUGAGGGAGUGUGCAGUUGGCAUGCUGACUGCAGGAAUGUCCACCAGAGCUGUUGCCAGAGAUUUUAAUGUUAAUUUCUCUACCAUAAACUGCCUCCAAAAUCGCUCCCUCCAUGCGUCUAACCGGCCUCACAACCACAGACCAAGUGUAACCACGCCAGUCCAGGACCUCCUCAUCCGGCUCACUAAACAGUAAAUAGAUUUAACUCAUCUUUAAUUUUGUUUUCUGACAUUAAGGAAUUUAGAAAAAUCUUUACAAAGUGAAAAUGGUCAACAUCAACAACUGUGAACCCCCCCAAAAAAACAUUCUUAUUUAUACUUUCAUCUACUUUCGUUUUCUUAAAAGUGAAAUGUUUUCAGGUUCUUCAUCGGGGAGAUACAAUGCCUUCAGAAAGUACAGUAGUCAUAACCUUUGACCUUUUGACCCUGAAAUCAAAAUGGAUUCAAUUUAUUAUUUUUUUUAUCCCACCCAUCUACACACAAUACUCCAUAAUGACAAGGUGAAAAUGUGUUGAGAAAUUUUAGCAAACGUGUUGGAAAAAGAAAUUAGCUGAAAUAUCUCAUGUAUUCACACACCUUAAACACAAGAUCAAAUCUACACUAGAGUUGCGACCAAGACAGUGGAUGUUCCUGACUAGAUAGUUUAGACUUACUUGAACAUCUAUGGAAAGACCUAAAAAAAAAAUGGCCGUCUAGCAAUGAUCAACAACUAAUUUGCCAGAGGGUGAAUAAUUCUCACCCAUCUACACACAAUACCCCAUAAUGACAAAGUGAAAACCUUAAUGGUCAAUACCUUAGAUAAGCACCUUUGGCAGCCAUUAAAGCUGCUAGGCUUUCUGGGUAAAUCUCUUAAGAGCUUUUCCACACCUGGAUUGUGCAACAUUUGCCCAUUUAUUAUUUUCAAAAUUCUUCAAGCUCUGUCUGUCAAAUUGGUUGUUGAUCAUUGCUACUCAACUAUUUUCAGGUCUUGACAUAGAUUGUGAAGUAGAUUUAGGUCAGCAGUAACUCGACCACUCAGGAACAUUCACUGUCUUCUUGGUAAGCAACUCCAGUGUAAAUGUGGCCUUGUGUUUUAGGUUUAUUGUCCUGAUGAAAGGUGAACUCAUCUCCCAGUGUAGAUGUGGCCUUGUGUUUUAGGUUUAUUGUCCUGAUGAAAGGUGAACUCCUCUCCCAGUGUCUGGUGGAAAGCAGACUGAACCAGGUUUUCCUCUAGGAUUCUUCCUGUGUUUAGCUCCAGUCUGUUUAUUUUUUAUCCUGAAAAACUCCCCAGUCCUUAACGAUUACAAGCAUACCCAUAACAUGAUGCAGCCACCACUAUGAUUGAAAAUAAAGAGAUGGUACUCAGUAAUGUGUUGUAUUGGAUUUCCCCAAACGUAACACUUUGUAUUCAGGACAAAAAGUUCAUUUCUUUGCCACAUUUUUUUGCAGUAUGACUUUAGUACCUCGUUGCAAACAGGAAGUAUGUUUUGGAAUAUUUGUUAUCCUGUACAGACUUCCUUCUUUUCAUUCUGUCAUUUAGGUUAGUAUUGUGGAGUAACUACAACCAUGUUGAUCCAUCCUCAGUUGUCUCCGAUCACAGCCAUUAAUCUCUAACUGUUUUAAAGUCACCAUUGGCCUCAUGGUGAAAUCACUGAGUGGUUUCCUUCCUCUCCGGCAACUGAGUUAGGAAGGACACCUAUAUCUUUGUAGUGACUGGGUGUAUUGAUACACUGAGUUAGGAAGGACACCUGUAUCUUUGUAGUGACUGGGUGUAUUGAUACACCAUCCAAAGUGUAAUUAAUAACUUCACCGUGUUCAAAAGGAUAUUCCAAUUUUCACCCAUCUACCAAUAGAUGAUCUUCUUUGUGAGACAUUGGAAAAACCUCCCUUGUCUUUGUGGUUGAAUCUGUGUUUGACAUUAACUGCUCGACUGAGGAACCUUCCGAUAAUACAGAGAUGAGGAAGUCAUUAGAAAAUCAUGUUAAACACUAUUAUUGCCCACAGCGAGAGUCCAUGCAACUAAUGUGACUUGUUAAGCACAUUCUCACUCCUGAACUUAUUUAAGCCACAACGAGAGGGGUUGAACACUCGAUACAGUAACUGAAAGGUUGCUGGAUCGAAUCCCCGAGCUGACAAGGUACAAAUCUGCCAUUCUGCCCCUGAACAAGGCAGUUAACCCACUGUUCCCCUGAACAAGGCAGUUAACCCACUGUUCCCCUGAAUAAGGCAGUUAACCCACUGUUCCCCUGAACAAGGCAGGUAACCCACAGUUCCCUGGGCACCGAAGAAGUGGAUGUCGAUUAUGGCAGCCCCAGCCGCACCUCUCUGAUUCAGAGGGGUUGAAUGCGGAAGACACAUUUCAGUUGAAUGCAUUCAGCUGUACAACUGACUAGGUUUCCCCCAUUUCCCUUAUUGACUCGACAUUCCAGCUUUUCAUUUUUUAUUCAUUUGUAAACAUUUCUGAAAACAUAGUUCCACGUUGACAUUAUAGAGUACUGAGGACAGUGACAAACAAUGAAUUUAAUCCAUUUUAAAAUUGAGGCUGUAACACAACAAAAUGUGGACAAAGUCCAGGGGUCCUUCCUGAAGUAUUCCACACAAAUAUAGAUCUAAUAUCAUUGGGUAUCAGAUGAUUUCUGCUCGAAUCUCACUGGACAGCAGAAACGCUGCCUUUCUGCCUCCUCCCAGUGCAAACGGACGAUACAGCAACAUCUUCGGGUCACUUCCCCUCUGCAAAGAAUCCAGAAACACCUUGAAUAUGUAGGGAACCUUUUACCUUUCAACUAAAAACCUUCUGUCUGUCAGAAACAUCCUCUGACCACAGCCCUGCCUCUCCUGUUUCCACACAUCUACAACCUUCUGUCUGUCAGAAACAUCCUCUGACCACAGCCCUGCCUCUCCUGUUUCCACACAUCUACAACCUUCUGUCUGUCAGAAACAUCCUCUGACCACAGCCCUGCCUCUCCUGUUUCCACACAUCUACAAUACUCAUCAGAUCAAUUCAAUAAAUAUAACCCUCAGAAUAAAAAAAAAACCUGAUGGUGAAUCAAUCAUACUGCUUGGGAGGCAGGUAGCCUAGUGGUUAGAGAGAUGGGCAAGUAACCGAAAGGUUGAUGGAUCGAAUCCUCGAGCUGAACAAGGUUAAAAUCAGUCGUUCUGCCCCUGUAGGGCGUCUUUGUAAAUAAGAAUUUGUUCUUAACUGACUUGCCAAGUUGAAUAAAGCUUUCACAAUCAUAACACCA